AUGCGCGAACUAGAUCCGUUGGUCUCCGAGUACCAACAUGACAAACACCGGCCCAGAGAAGCAGAGGCUUUGUUGAUGCUCCGGAAAAUAGCCUCCCUAGUCAAACCAAUUAUGCGCCAGAGGGCUUGGAGGGUAGGGACACUGUGUGAAUUCUACCCACAGCAACGAAACCUCCUGGGCUUGAAUGUGAACGCGGGCCAGAAAAUAUGUCUCCGUUUACGAUACCCUUCUGACGAGCGUCAAUUCCUACCGUUAGAGCAAGUAGUUGAUACGAUGCUGCACGAGCUCUGUCAUAUUGUACAUGGACCACAUAAUCAGCAUUUCCAUGCCUUAUGGAACCAGUUACGCGAUGAACAUGAAGAGCUAGUCAUGAAAGGCUACACCGGGGAGGGUUUCCUCUCGCAAGGUAAACGCUUGGGUGGGCGGAACAUGCCAAUAGACGAGGCGCGCCGCGUAGCUAGAGCGGCUGCAGAGCGGAGACGGACCCUUACAGCAGGAUCAGGGCAGCGGCUUGGCGGUGCCCCGGUAUUGCGGGGAACAGACAUGCGCCGAGUCAUUGCUGAUGCCGCGCAGAGGCGUAUCGACGUGACCAAAGGCUGUGCCUCGGGGGCAGACAACAGCGUUGAGCUUGCAGAGGAAGCCUCUAGGAAUGGGUUUCGCACCAAAGCCGAAGAAGACGAUGCAAACGAACGGGCUAUCAUGGAAGCUUACAUCGAUUUGAUACAGGAAGAAGAAAGGGAGAGAUAUGGGCCUUCUUACAUUCCUCCUUCCCGGGAAAUUCCUGCCGGGCCUCGGUCAGCUCCUUCUCCUCUUCCUAUAGCGGAAAACACCAAACCUACUACCUCGGCAGAGCGGCGAGACCCAAUUGAUCUCACGUAUGACAAUGCCUCUUACGAACAACCUUGGACAUGUCCCACCUGCACUCUUGAGAAUCCAGCCAACUUCCUGUGCUGUGAUGCUUGUGCCUCAGAACGCCCACGGCCCUCAGCUACUAGAUCAUCAUCUGGACCACCGACCACAGGACCUUGCAGCACAGACAAUCGCAACAAGAAGAAGCGCCCGAUAAGCCAGUCUGCCAGUCAGACUGUUCUUAAGAACCGAACUAGGGCUGUGGAAACCCUCGCUGCCCUUGACAGCAGUAUCGCCAAGCGACCCUUGGGCUGGAUCUGUCAAUCAUGUGGCACAUUCAUGGAAACGGAAUGGUGGACUUGUUCAAACUGUGGAAUGAUGAAACAGGACUCAUGA